AUGACGGGGACAGAAAAGAAGUUUGUGCUAGCUGUGGAGGAUUCCACCAAAGGCAGACCUGUCAGUUCAAAGACGCCAUUUGCAGACACUGCAACAAGAAAGGACACUUGGCAAGGGUGUGCAGGGCAAUCCAGCCAUCCAGCUAUAAACAAAGAGCAGUCACUAGCCAAACUGGCCAGCAACAAACUAGGAGAAAGGACAGACUGGCUAGCAAAAGAAAGGCACGUUCUCGGAUUCGGAAUCCUGGAAGAGAAUGAGGAGGAGAAUGAGGAGGAGGAGCUGCUCAGCUUUUGCUCAGCUAUGGCAGCUUCUUCCUUCUGGAUUUGCAAGUACUUUGGGGCCACCCUGGGACCCUUGCUUGUAGUCACAGCUCAGAAUGGAAGGGGCAGCAGAAACAAGAAAACUGAAGAACACCUCUGUGAUUUGCUGAUACAACAUGGCUUCAGAAGCCAACCUCCUUCAUCUUCCUCUGCAGGGACCAGUAGACCGUCCUCUUUGCUUACCACUGGCUUGCUUAUCUUGGCUAUGCAAUGGACAGACGGAGGAGCCUUCCCCACAGUGCCACUCUCCAGUCUGUUUACCAAUGCUGUGUUAAGAGCACAGCACCUCCAUCAGCUCGCAACAAAUACCUACAAAGAAUUUGAGCGUUCCUAUAUCCCAGAAGAGCAGCGAUACUCCAUGAAGAAUUCUCAGACUGUAUAUUGUUAUUCUGACACUAUCCCUUCACCCACGAGGAAAGAGGAAACUCAACAAAAAACAGACAUAGAACUGCUGAGGUUUUCACGGAUUCUCAUUCAGUCCUGGCUAAAUCCUGUACGGUUUCUAAGCAGGAUGUUUACAAACAGUCUUGUAUUUGGGACCUCAGACAGAGUCUACGAAAAACUCCAAGACCUGGAACAAGGUAUCCAAGUUCUUAUGAGGGAGGUCCACAAUGGCACUUCCCAGGGUCUUCAACUGGUUAGACCCACCUAUGAAAAAUUUGAAUUAAAUCUCCGGAGUGAAGUCGCUUUGCUGAAAAACUACAAUCUCUUGUCCUGCUUCAAGAAAGACCUGCACAAAGUGGAGACCUUCCUGCGAGUGAUGAAAUGCCGUCGUUUUAGAGAAAUCAGCUGUGUCCCCUAA